AGUAGUAAAUAGCAACACAUAAACAUAUCCACUUUACAUUUAAUUGGAUAAUUUCAGUAGCAAUUCGUCGGAUUAACUCAAUCUUGUAGCACUGAAUUUGAUUUUAGUAAUGUCUCAGUCUGGUGAUAGCGAAUGGUUCAGAAAGACGCGUCGUGCAAUAUCGGUCCUAUAUCCGCUCCCAUAGUGAAACCUAAAAUAUUCAAGUGAAAAAGGAUACUAUCCAAGAAAUAAGAUUGAUUUGUGCAUUGCUGAUCCACUAAAUUCAAAAAACUAGUGUCUGAUGUGCUGAGAGUGAGAUUGAUACUUCCAGAGAAUAACCACAAAACGGAUAUAUUUCUUCGCAAAAAGGACUUGACAUAACAACGACAAGAUGAAGUCAUUAGUGUCGUUCCUAAUUUUGGGAACGACUCUAAUAUUUGCACAAGCAUCUAUUGAUCUGCGUCAGAGAAGAAGUAUUGAUUUGUCGGCCUCACAUGCUCUCAUUCCUGAUGCACGGCUACCAAAAGAUGUUAUCCCAACAAAUUAUAUCAUUAACAUCAGACCAAAUAUGGAGGAAGGGUCUUUCACGGGAAAUAUUAAAAUGAAUUUGAGUUGGAAUGACGAUACAAGGAAAAUUUCACUUCAUGCUCAUUUUGAACUUAACAUUGAAGAUGUUAAAAUUCGCAAAAUUGAUACAAAGAAACAGUCAGAAGCAGAUAGUGGUCCACCAAAUUACUUACCAAUCCAGCGAACAGAUAGAGUGCCAAAGAAAACAGUUUAUGAAAUUUACUUGAAGGAUGCAUUGAAACAAGGAUCACAAUGCGAAUUGGAGAUGUCUUUUACAGGACGGAUUUGGGAAACUACUGAAGGAUUAUUCAAAGGGAACUACAUUGAAAACAGCGGCGAAAAGAAGUACUAUCUGGCAACAUAUAUGAGACCCCAUAAUGCACGGAGACUGUUUCCAUGUUUUGAUGAACCUGGGUUUAAGGUACCAUACACUGUGAGUAUUUCUCGUCCUAGAAACUAUACUACACUUUUCAACACUCCAUUAAACUACACUGAAGAGUUAAAUGAUGAAUCUAACUAUGUCGUGGAUCAUUUUGAAACUACCCCACCUAUGUCAUCAUUCACAUUUGGAUUCAUUAUAUCCCAACUUCAAGAAAUCCCAAUAAAUAGAACAAUUAAUGAAACAGCCAAGCCCUUAAUCAAAAUCUGGGCAAGAACAGAUAUCCAUGAUGGCCUUCAGGAAAUCUUCGAAAAGGUCCUGACAAUUUAUGAUUACCUGGAAGAAUAUUUCGACACAGCUAUUCCAUUGUGCAAGCUAGAUAUUGUAGCGGUUCCUGGAUUGCUUUCAAUGCGGCCUGCGGAUAAUUGGGGCCUGAUUGUUUUCAAGGAAAGUGAGUUUCUCAAGAAGGGUUACUUCGGGCUUACUCAAGAACUCAUUUAUCAAUGGCUGGGUUCUUGGGUAACACCUUAUUGGUGGAGCGAUGCACAUGUGAAUAAGGCUUUGGCAAGCUUUUUGGCCUCUAAUGCUGUAAUAGAUAUCGACCAAGGAACUGAAUUCAAUGGUAAAUAUCCCAUGACCGUAUUAUACUCCCUCUACUAUGAAUUCAGUAAACGUUAUCCCCACUCCCGAAUAACCGGAAUGAAACAAGAGACCACUUCGUUCAAAACAGAAUUGGUAAUGCGGAUGCUCAAUUACACCCUUGGAAAGGAUACAUUCAAAAACGGAAUUCGCAAAUUUAUCGCAGAUCGACAUUUCAGUACAUUCUUUGGAGAUGACCUUUGGGAUGCGCUUACUAAACAAGCUCAUGCAGAUAAGACAUUGUGUCAGGAAACCACAAUCAACGAAAUUGCUGGAUCAUGGAUUACAAAAGACCGACUGCCCGUGAUAUGUGUGCGGCGAAACUACCAAGAGAAGAGCGUGAAAAUUUCACAAAAAGUAUAUUUGAGGGAGCGCCCGCAUGAUGUUCCUGAACAAGAUAAAAUGCUGUGGUGGAUUCCUAUUGUCAUGAUUGCCCAGAACAAUUUGAACUUCGCAAAUUCCCACUCCGUAGCCUGGGUUAAGAAAACAAAAGAUCUGGUACUGCAAGGUAUGCCGGAUCAAGAUCAAUUUAUUAUCAUAAAUCCGGAAGAAAUUGGGCCGUUCCCUGUGAACUACGAUGAGAAGAACUGGAAUCUGUUGGCUGAUUAUUUGCAAACAGAAAACUUGCGGACAAAGAUACCGAUCUUUACAAGAGCUAAACUAUUACAUGAUGCCUGGAAUCUGGCUUAUGCAGGAGAUCAGUUUGCAACCGCCUUCAACAUGACGCUUUUCAUGAGAUACGAGCGCAACCACAUCGCCUGGAACCCAGUUUUCACUUUCAUUGAUCAUAUUGGACGCCAUAUCGACAUGUUCAUCCACAAGAAAUUCGAGACAUAUGUCCGUGUCCUUCUUACCCCCACUCUAUGAAGAAUAGGUCAACCAAUUGAAGGUGAAGAAAGUUGGAAAGUUGACUUGCGUACACUAGCCCGCACUUUCCUUUGUCGCGCUGGAUACAAGCCUUGCAUAGAGGAAGCUCAAGCUGCAUACAAAAAAUGGAUGGAAAGUGAUAAUCCAGACGAAGGCAACCCAGUUCCAAAUCAAUAUAUUUGUCCCGUUUUCAAAUGGGGAACCACAGAGGAAUGGGAAUUUGGAUUGGAUAGAAUUAUUAACUUCCCUCCAAGUCGAGUGCAGAGUGAAAGGACUUAUCUAUUGAAGACACUGGCAGGGUGUCCCGUGCAACCAGAAAAGAUCGAGAGGCUGUUGAACAUUACUAUCCUGGGAAAUGGAAAUUUCACGGAAAAUGACAUAUUCUUGAUUUUCAGUAUGCUGACUGGUGGAUCCAGUGGCUACACUACAUUAUUCAAUUUCUUGUCACAUAAUUGGGAGGCGAUAAGAGAAAGAUUUGAAAACAAAACCAACCUCUGGGACAACUUAAUCAGUUCCGCGACUGGGGUUUUUACAACACAGGAGGGCUACGAUAUGGUAUCUCAACUUUACGUACAACGACAAGGCGAAUUCGGCAGUGCUGAGCACAUCAUUGAGAAAUCCUUGCGAAACAUCAAAGAAGAAACAAAAUGGAGUGAUGAGAAUUUGCCAGUCAUUGAAAAGUGGUUGGACAACUUCCUACAAAGAGUGAACACAUCUGACAACAAAUUUAUGGGAUAGGAAACUAGGAACAGUGGAAAUAUGUGAAUAGAUGAUAAUGUAUAAUAUUUAGGUAGAAAGAAUAAAAGUAAACAUAAGUUUGCUUUAACACAUCAAAUUAAUCCACUCCCUCAAGUCUGCUUCCUUAAAUAAGUUUUCAAAAUGCCUCCGAAUUAUUUAUAGCACAAACGAUAAAUAACACACUAACAUAAUUUUCUCAACUGCUUCAUAUUUUACUUAUUUAAUCCUAAUGUAAUCUGUAGAACCAAAUAAAGAAAACAUCUCUAAUA